GGCGCGCCCGGCAAAAUCAGAGGUACUGGAAAUAAUCAAAACCAGAGGGGAGGUUUUUGCAAUAAUUGGGACCGGAUGGGAGGUGUUUGCAAUUAUUCCGCAAGUAAUCUCUGUUGCAAGUUGUAAGUGGCAGUCCCCGCCUCUGGUCGUUGGCUCGUUGCCUUCCCGCUCGCAGUCCGCUCUCAAUGGCUGCCGCGCUUUUUCGUUCCUUAUACUGCGCACCGCUCGCGGCGCACCCACGGAUGACUUGCUCGGCUUCAAAGACGAGCGCCAAACCUACCGCAGUCACUCCCUCACCUGCUCGCUCUCCUCCUAAAAAGAAGGUCCUGGUUCCUGUCGGAUUCGGCACAGAGGAAAUGGAAGCUGUGAUCUUAGUCGACGUCCUGCGGCGAGCUGGUGCAGACGUGCUGGUUGCAUCAGUCGAACCACAGCUCGAAAUUAAGGCCUCUGCAGGAACCAAACUCGUUGCAGAUGCCUGCAUCUCGUCCUGCUCCGACGAGAUUUUCGAUCUUGUCGCUCUUCCGGGAGGAAUGCCAGGUUCUGCUCGGCUGAGAGACUGCAAAAUCCUAAGAAGGAUUACGAGCAAACAAGCCGAGGAGAAAAGAUUAUAUGGUGCUAUCUGUGCUGCUCCGGCCGUUGUUCUUCAACCGUGGGGUCUUAUGAGGAGGAAACAGAUGACUGGUCACCCUGCUUUCAUGGACAAGCUUCCUUCAUUCUGGGCAGUUAAGUCGAAUAUCCAAGUCUCUGGAGAGCUUACUACAAGCCGUGGCCCAGGAACUGCAUUUGAGUUUGCUCUGUCAUUUGUAGAGCAGCUCUUUGGGAAUUUGCUGGCUGAAGAAAUUGGAGGAACGCUGCUGAUGCAUGCUGAUGGCAGCCAUCCUAGAAAGGAAGAAUUCAAUAAGGUGGAUUGGUCUUUUGACCAUGCCCCUCAGGUUCUUGUUCCAAUUGCAAAUGGGUCUGAAGAGAUGGAGAUAGUAAUGAUGGUAGAUAUUUUGAGGCGGGCUAAGGUGGAUGUUGUGGUUGCUUCAGUUGAAAAAUCUAUGCAAAUUGUGGCUUCACGAGAAACAAAAAUUAUUGCUGAUAAGUCCAUGGAUGCUGCUGCGGAGUCAACAUAUGACUUAAUCAUUCUUCCAGGAGGAGUUACUGGAGCUGAGCGGCUGCACAAGUCUAAGGUUCUGAAGAAGCUGCUCAAAGAACAAAAAUCAGCAGGAAGAAUAUACGGAGCCAUCUGCUCAUCUCCAGCUGUCCUACAGAAGCAAGGUUUACUCAAGGAUAAAAGAGCCACGGCCCAUCCCUCUGUCAUCGACAAACUCACAGGCCAAGUUGCUGAUGGUGCUGGAGUUGUCAUCGACGGUAAAGUGAUUACAAGCAGAGGCCUUGGAACUGCAAUGGAUUUUGCCUUGGCUAUUGUGAGCAAGCUGUUUGGUCAUGCAAGAGCAAGAAGUGUAGCAGAAGGCAUUGUUUUCGACUACCCAAGAAGCUAGAAGGGCCUGUGCUUGUUGAUAGCUGAUAAUAAUCAAAAUGCUAUAAGAAGGCCAUGAGAGGAGAAAAAAAAUAUUUUCUUUUGCAGCCCAAUGAGCCAGUAUAAUCUGGGAUCUGAUCAAUUAUUAGUCUUCAGCAUCAUCAAGUAUGAAGUUCUUCCGGCCUGUCUACAGACUCUUAUGGGUGUUGACAGGCCCGACCCAUUAUCGGCCCUAAUCCGAUGACAGUGAUUUUGGAUGGGCAGUUCCAUCCAUUUCAGGAGGCCACUGCUGGACAAGGACUAGCUACGUCGUGUUCUCUUUGCUUUGCUGCUAUAGAUGCUUAUGCUGUGAGUGCUUUAUCUCAAAUUUUCCAUGGCUGUAGUGAAACAACAAACAACCGUCUAAACUUGUAUAUUCCUUAGCGAAAGUAACAUUUUCAAACAUGAAAAAAAGAGAGGUGAGGUUCUCUGACUAGGACUGGCAAUGGAUGAGCCUUGGGUUGGUUUAGGCCCAGAUUUUGCACUGGUCAGGCUGGGCCCAUUGGGCUGGCCAAUUCUGAUUUUGCUUGGCCCAGGCUCACCCCAGCCCCAUUACCAGCCCUAUCUAUGACCCUGACUGUUCCUCGGCUUAAUGCAUUCUUUAA